GUUCCCGGAAGUGUGCGCUAGCAGCUGCCUGUGCGUGUGAGUAAGCGGAUUGCUGCUGUCACCGGGCUGUGGCCGGGUGUCUGGCCUCACCAUGGAUGAGAGCAGCCCGCUGGUGUCUCCGGUGCGAGAGCGGCCCGAGCCCAGCGUCCCGCCCCAGCCCUCCCCGGUGCCCCCGGCCCAGCUUAGCCCUGCCGCCCGUCCCCCGGUGCUUCCCGGUGUGGUAGUGCGGAUCCCGACCUCCUCUCCGCAGUGUGGCCCGGUGCCCUCCCCUCCCGAAUCCCCCACCGAGCAGGAGCGGCAGCCGCUGCUGGAUCGCUCACGCCCCCGGGAUAAGAAUCGCUUUCCGGACGACCCGGAGUUUGCCGUGGUGGUGCGGAAGGCGGAGCGGGCGAUCAGCCGGGGCAUCUUCCCGGAGAGGAUCUACCAGGGCUCCAGCGGCAGCUACUUCGUCAAAGACGAGCAGGAGGAAAUCAUUGCCGUCUUCAAACCAAAAACGGAGGAGCCAUAUGGUCAGCUGAACCCCAAGUGGACGAAGUGGCUGCAGAAGCUGUGCUGUCCCUGCUGCUUCGGAAGAGAUUGCCUUGUCCUCAACCAGGGAUAUCUGUCGGAGGCUGGAGCCAGCCUGGUGGACCAAAAACUAGAGCUGGACAUUGUUCCUAGAACUAAGGUUGUGUAUUUAGCCAGUGAAACCUUUAAUUACAGCGCUAUAGACCGGGUGAAGUCUAGAGGGAAGCGCCUGGCCUUGGAAAAAGUGCCAAAAGUUGGCCAGCGGUUUAAUCGGAUAGGAUUGCCUCCUAAGGUGGGCUCCUUCCAGUUGUUCGUUAAAGGCUAUAAGGAUGCAGAUUAUUGGCUGCGGAGAUUUGAGACGGAACCUCUUCCUGAGAACACAAACCGAAAGCUCCAGUUACAGUUUGAGAGACUGGUGGUGUUAGAUUACAUUAUCCGGAACACAGACCGGGGGAAUGAUAACUGGCUGAUAAAAUAUGACUAUCCAAUGGAGAAUGCAGCAUCCAAGGAUUCAGACUGGGUCUUGGUAAGAGAGCCGAUCAUCAAGAUUGCAGCGAUAGACAACGGUUUAGCGUUCCCACUAAAGCACCCGGAUUCCUGGAGAGCCUAUCCAUUUUACUGGGCAUGGUUAACGCAGGCCAAAGUCCCCUUUUCCCAGGAAAUCAAAGAACUCAUCCUCCCAAAAAUCUCCGACCCCAACUUUGUGAAAGACUUGGAGGAAGAUCUCUAUGAGCUGUUUAAGAAAGAUCCAGGGUUUGACCGAGGACAGUUUCACAAGCAGAUUGCAGUUCUGAGAGGGCAGAUCCUCAACUUGGCCCAGGCACUUAAGGAUGGAAAGAGUCCCCUGCAGUUGGUCCAGACGCCACCUGUGAUUGUGGAAACAGCCCGGUCCCACCAGAAGAGCACAAGUGAAUCUUACACACAGAGCUUCCAAAGCCGCAAGCCAUUCUUCUCCUGGUGGUAAUACUGGAGGUCCACGCGCCAGGGACAAGAGAAGUGCUGCUGUAAUGCAGCAUCCUGGACCUCAACCAAGUGAGAAUACAAUCUUCACGGGAAACUGACGUUGCAGUCCGGAGGUUGGGAGCACUCGUAAUAGUGACUCAUUCACUGUCAUGGAAUGUAUGCGCAAACAGAAUCCUUUUGGAGUGCGUGCAUGUGGCGUUAGGGAAACCUUCCUAAAAACCACUUAGAUUGCCCACAAAUUUUAGAAACAGGCAUGAAGCUUUUAAUGCAGUCUACUCUUUCCCUUAAUUAAACAACUGCCUGAACCCUCCAAAAAUGUAACCAUGAACAAACUUCUCCACUACCUAAUUUUACGUCGUCGGUUGGUUGCUCUCUUGCUGUCCCGGAACUACAAGUGCCAGCAGAGCAGCCUGGAACUUGCAGUUCCAGGUCGGGUGCAGAGCCACUGGUCGCCUGACUCUGCCAAUAACAAAACUAUGAAUGACCUAGUCAUGCACACCUGCCUUGCGAUGAAAUCGCUAAAACUGUAGGUAGUACAGAGGAACCCAAUAAGUGUAUGUUCUGGAUUACGCAGUGUUAUUCUACAGAUUGCCACCUAGUGUAUGUCAGGAGGUACUGCAUGCGCUGAUAGGAGUACCGUCCUAUGAAGGAAAAUGGGGAACUUUUAAAAAAAAUUCCCAGUAUUCUGUUCAUGUGUGUAUGUGAAAAAUAUACACAUACUAAGACAUGCUCAUGAUCCCUGCAUAUAUUCCAAAGUUUGUUACGAGACCCUCAAUGAGGGCUGUAUUAUAUUUUUAAGAUAAGUAAUAGGUAUGGUCUGUUAUGUGUGAUGUUCUUCGGAACCUCUGUUAUCAUUUCUGCAAAUCUUUGUGGAUUUGUUAGACUAAUAAAUAGGCUGUUUUUUUAAACGAAUUACAUGUAUUUAUCACAAACCUUGUUUAGGAAGAACUGUAAGGUGCCCCUACAAGAGGUGAUAUUGCAGAUAAACCAGCAAAUGGCCUUAUAUCCAAGUGUGUGGGGCUGAAAUUAACUGCGGUUCCUCAUACUGAUCCUCUUAAGCAGGCAGGCAGGAUCAGAUAUCGUGAACAGUAGAAAGCGUGAGAAGACGCACAAUUGGCGUCUGUGGGCAGUUCUCGUCCCAUUGCGCUAGCAGGCCCCAACUCAGCCAGAAACGAUCCUUGAUCUGAAUGUGUGUGGCCAAAUGCUCCGCUAAUUUUGCACUUGACUUUCAGCUUUACCUAGAAUAGGCUUUACCUAUAUUUACUGGUCGUGUGCAGACUGUGCUAAUGGUAUAUCUGCGAAGAAGACUCAGUCCCAGACUACUAAUGAAUUUUGUUUUACUGUUAUUACUGUAUAAUGCGCUAAGGCAUGAACUCUUGCAUGUAAAGAGCCGCAUAGUAGCUGCUGCUCUGGACAAAGAUCAGUUUGUGAACGUAGAACACAACACAGGUAGCGAAUAAUUUAAUAGCGCAGAAUGUUCUUACGCACAUAUAAGAUAUGCACUACAUUGCUGAUCCUCCAGUCUAUUCCUCUGGGAUGCCGUGCAUGGAUCUAGAUCCUCAAUACUCCAUCCUUGUAGCAGCAGCAUGCGUUACUAGUGACCUCACCAAAGCAAUACCUGGAUUUCUGUGCUCACAUAAUACUGUCCUGCCGUUCACCUGCGGGAGCUACACCUUAUUGCAGAGUGCGUUCCUGUCAUUGAGUUGCUUGUAGGGUUAAUAAAAUGUUCUACAUACGUAUAUUAGACAACAUAUGCUAUCAUUACGUGAAUGCAGGACGCUGCAGUGUCUCACCACAUAAGCUCAUUAACCUGCUGUGAUAUGACCCAUAGAUCCAUCCGUCAAUUAGUCUGAAUGCAAUGUGCUAGUGAUUCUUAGACAUUCACGACAGCCUUAGUGUCUCACUGGCAUGUCUAAAGCAAGAGUCUUAAUGAACUACAUUAUUAGAAUCAGAAAGUUGUGCUGCUCUGCCAUCCUUAGGCUCAAUUCUGUGGUGUUGGACAUUUGAACCUCUGAUUGGCAGCUGGCACUAGUUCUGCCAAUCACACUGAGCUGAAUAGUAGUGGAAGAUGGGGAGGAAUGUGUGAUGCAAUAAGAUAGUUGAUUGUGGGAGCAAAUAGUUUUUUUUGUUUUGUUUGUUUUUUGGGGGGGGGGGGGGAGUUUAAUAGGAGAAAUACACUUAAAGAGAUGGGGGAACAGGGAACCACACAUAGGGUGACAAGAAUUUGGGAGUAACAAAGCCAAAGGAGUAGACAGACAGCACAAACAGAAGGAGAGAAAUACAUCGGGGGAUACAGGGAAAUAGAGGGAACCCAACUUACAUUCAUUCUUCUGCUAGAGGCCACAUAGAGGAGGAGGGCUACCAGGCCCCUAUAGACAUGCUUGUCCAAAUCAUUUGAGAACCAUGAGUGUACAGUAGUCACCCCCAUGGUGCUAUGGCACACACUUUGGCAGCCACUGCAAUACAGUAACUUAUUUUUCUUGCUCUAGGUUGGCAGCACUGGCAUACAGUUUUGUAGGCUGGGUCUAUUGUCAAGAGACUGCAGUCUGUCCGUUCAGUAGGUUCUAUGGAGUCCCCAAUGAGAGGAGCCAUGUCUCGCUAGUGAACGGAUAGGCUUGAACCUCACAAAAUGUUUUCUCCAUUGUGUUCACACAAUUACCGUAUUUUUUGGACCAUAAGACGCACUUUUUCUCCCCACAAAUGUGGGGGGAAAAGUAUGUGCGUCUUAUGGAGCGAAUAAGACGUGUUUGCGGGUAGCGCCGGCGGGUAGCGGCGGGUCCUGGAUGCUGCUGCUGCGCCAUCAUCAGCAGAGCGCCCGCAUCUCAGAGCCCAUCUCAGCAGCAGAGCCGGCAUCAUGUGACUCCCCCCCACCACCUCCCCCCUCAGGAGUGCACCGCGGGCAGCGUUAGCUGAGAGCCUGGAUGCGGGGAACCACUGGUACUGUCAGUGUGUGUGUGUGUGUGUGUCUGUGUGUCUGUGUGUAAUGUAUGCUGGCUCUGAUGUGUGUGUGUCUCUGUAUGCUGGCUCUGACAGAAGGCUGCACUGUACAGAAUCCUUGUAGGAGUCUGAGAAAUCACACAGAAAUAUCUCUUAGAGGUUGGUGAAAACUAGGGAGGCAGCGCAAGGAUGGUUUAGAAUAUUUUUUUUCCAGUUUUCCUUCUCUAAAAACUAGGUGCGUCUUAUGGUCAGGUGCGUCUUAUGGUCCGAAAAAUACGGUAGUGCACUUCAAUGACGGCCUGUAGUCUGCUAUUGGCCAAUGUAUACUGCAACAUUGUUCAACUGCACAAUAUAGUCCCACCAUGAUCUACAGCGAUUCCCUUCUCAAUCCUCCACUUUUUUACACUGUUCCUCAGCGGCCGGUCACAUAACUAGUUUAUUUAAAAAUAGUUGUGCAUUGUGGGCAGUCAGUAUACAAUGCUCUGAUGAUUGAGCUACUGCCUGUUUCUGUAUAUAGAUAAUGGUAAAAUACACUUUGUGCUCCGUCCAGUGAGCCGCUAAUGGAGUAAUGAGAGUACUGGUACAAGCACGGUUUCCCUUCUGAGGGUAUUACUGACAAACCUGCGCCUCCUUUUACAAUUUUAAUUUGAGCUUUUGUUUCAGCCAGUUUGUGUUAAACAUUCUGUAAAUCUGUGUACAUUCAUGUAUGUAUAUAACUUUAUGAAACGUAGAGAAAUAAAACCAGGUCUCUGAAAA